ACCAAACCCCCCCCUUGGCAGCGGCACUAUACGACAACACACGACGCGACACGACAACACACGACACGACACGGGCUGUUACGCGGUUCCAUCCACCAUGGCCGACCAAACCUCGGACGACAGCGACCUUUCCGAUGCCCUGUCGGUCCUCGCCACCGCCUCGGACCAGGAUUCCGUGGACGGCGUGGACCUUGGCGGUGCGAGCGCGACCCGGAGCGAGCGGACGCACGACGACGACGACGACGACGACGGCCGCAUCGACGACUUUUUUCGGGCGAUCGAAGGGGAGGGCGAACGCAAAGGCGAACGCGAAGGCGAAGGCGAGCGCGAGGGCGAACGCGGGGGCAGAGGGCCGGGCCGGGGGAGGACCGCUCCGGGAAGGGCACCGGUCCCCCCCGGGCCGAGCGCGCACAGCCGGCAGAGCGCCGAGAGCAGCCUCCGGAGCACCGACUCGGGGGCCUUGCACUUUUCCCCACACGGCCCCUUGGCAGGGGAGGGAACGAGCCUCCACAGCCGGCAGAGCGCCGAGAGCAGCCUCCUCAGCACCGAUUCGAAAGCCUCGGUGCGGGCCAAGCAAGACCUUCGAUCGGGUGCGGGAGCGGAACCGAGCAGCCACAGCCUGCGGAGCGCCGAGAGCAGCCUCAGCACCGAUUCCAGGGUUCUUUCCCAGAGGAAGCAGAAACAGAAACAGACGCCAAGGACAAAGACAAGGACGAAAACGAAAACAAGGACAAAGCCCGAAGGACCCACCGAACCGAGCACGCACAGCCUGCAGAGUGCCGAGAGCAUGCUCAGCACCGAUUCGAAGGCUUCCGCGCGGGCCCGGACCUCGGAAACGCUCGGAACCCUUGGAGCGGGAAAGAGCGGGCAAAGCCGAAAGAGCACGAGGGGCAUUGUUAUCCUCCCAACCACCGAUUCGAAAGCCUCGGUGCGGAGCCUCCACAGCUUGCAGAGUGCGGCUAGCAUUCUCAGCACCGAUUCCACGCGGGCCCGGACCCAUGGAACCACGAAGCACCACGGAGUGGAACCGAGCACACACAGCCUACAGAGCGCACGCAGCAUCCUCAGCUCGGAAUCGAGAGAUCCUUUGCGGGUUCGGGUCCUCGAAAAGCUCAAGCCGGAGGCAGGGAUCGAGCAGAGCGUGCACAGCCUACAGAGCGCACGCAGCAUAAGGAGCUCCCCGAGUGCAAGGAGCUCACAAAGCAUACGGAGCAAGCCACAGCACCACGAAGAGUUUGCCGACAGCAUACGGAGCAUACAAACGCACAGCACGCGGAGUGGGCGCAGCAAGCGGAACGACGAAAACAACGACAACAACGAUUGCGACAAUGACGACGUCGAGAACGACAAGGAUGGGAUUGCCAACAACGAUUCCAGCAGGAGUGAUUCCAAACGAAAAGCGAUCAUCGCGGGUUCCAGGAGUGCCUACGUCGAAGACGAUCAGGAGUCGUCGUCGCACUCACACAAGUACAAGUACGAUCCCGAGAAAGAAUUGGCCGUUGCCAGGCCCGUCCCCCUGGACGACGACCUCGAGAGGAACAUCCAUGUCUACAACAAACUAGACGUGAAACAAGUCGCAACACCGGCAUUCGAAUACGAUCCCGGCGACAUUGGGGACAAGAAAUCCUGCUGUCGUCGGUAUGCUCUGCUUCUCGGGGGAUGCGCCAUGCUUUUGAUUGCUUCGAUAGUUUUGCUCGUGCUCUUUCUGGUGCUUCCAAAAGUCGGCCUUCGUGCGAGCGACAAGGAAUCGAACCUACCACCUUCGGUGGCCCCCACCGAUUCGCCAACGGCGUUUUCACAAGAAACCCUUGUUCGGGAAUACCUGGCACAGAAAGUGUCCCCAAGGGUUCUCGUCGAGGGAACCCCCGAGAGCAUGGCCGCCGAUUGGAUUCUGUACAGAGACCUGUACCGAUCCGGCCUGGACAACGUGGAAGCACUGGUGCAGCGGUUUGCUCUGUCGGUCCUGUAUUUUGCGUCCACCGAAAACGGUGCCAGGCCCUGGCGUUCGUGCAAUCCACCACCGAGCGCACUGGCUUCUUCCGGGGAGCCGAUCGCGAAUGCUACCGACACCGAUUCCACCGAGAGGAACACCUGUACCUUCCUCUUUCGCGUUCAGGUUGGUACGUCGAUCCAAUACCAAGAGGUACCCGGGAGGAUCCGAUGGAUGUCGGAUUACGACGAGUGCGAAUGGGAGGGCGUAGAAUGUUUGGAAAACAGAGUCCAGACGAUUUCUCUCUUCGGGCGCGGUCUCGGGGGCAACCUAGACCUUCGCUUGGAAGGAGACAACGGAAACGGAAACAACGCUGGCGACGACGAUUCGGGUUUCUUGGUGCGGGCCUUUCCGAACCUCAAAUCCAUCAACCUGAGCUACAACGAGCUCACGGGAACCAUACCGGCUUUUUACGCCGGCUUUUCCAACCUUGCGUCUCUGGAAUUGCACGGGAAUUCGUUAACGGGUGAAAUCCCGCCCUCGUGCUUCGACGACCUCCGUCUUUUGCAGCUGCUCAACCUGGGCGACAACAACCUGGGCGGAACGAUCGGCACCAAAAUCGGUCAGCUGAGUGGCCUCAGAGGCCUCCACCUCUUUCAAAACAAUUUCGGGGGGACCUUUCCAACGGAAAUCGGAACCCUGAAACCCUCGUUCACGCACCUCACGCUCGUCGGCAACGAGUUUUCGGGGCCCCUGCCGACCGAAAUCGGGCGGCUGACAAACCUGGUCGACCUUCAGUUCUCGAACAACAGGUUCACGGUAAGUUAAGUUAGGUUUCGUGCGUGCGUGCGUGCGUGCGUGCGAGAACAACCACAACAAGGAAUGGUGGAUCCAGCCAAGCGAGCUCGUUGCGCUCGCUCUUUCGAAGACUCACCCUGUUUUUCGACGACCGCAAAAAAACAUCGAUUCAGGGGGUCAUCCCGACGCAGUUUGGCCAGCUCACCAAGGCGGAAACGCUUCGGUUGGAUCACAACCAGCUCUCGGGCAGCAUUCCCACCGAGCUCUGCUCCAUGGAAAGCGCAAGGGUGAUCAUGCUGGACCACAACAACCUGGUGGGACCCCUCCCUUCGGCCGAGCUCCCGCAACUCGACCGCCUGGUGAGGUUCCAGGUCAACGAAAACCAGCUGACGGGUCCGCUCCCGAGCCAGCUGGGGGGCAUGCCCAGCCUCCGCCUGGCCUGGUUGCACCUGAACCUCUUCACCGGCGCCAUGCCGUCGGAGGUCUGCCUCGCGGCCAGCGUUCCGGACACGGGCCUGAACUUUCUCCAGGCCGACUGUGCCCCGACCGAAAACCCACCCAACCCGUGCCGGUGCUGCAGUGCUUGCUGCGACCGUUCCACCGGGAUUUGUUUGACGGCUAUGAAUUGAAUCGAAUCGAAUCGGUAGGGUCGAGCCCUCCGUCCCGCCACGAAAAGCGUUG